AGACUCAUUUCGCGCGCGGCCAUCUCGCCACUCGGUCGCUCUCUCUUUCACGCUGUGUUCGUUAGUGACGUUAAGAGUUAAGAAAAAAAGAAAGCAAUUCAUAUUCACGAGUUGACCUUUCAAAAUUUUUCCUAUCGCGCGUUCAAUAUUUCAAUAUCAGUGGUGUCCGGUGACUCUAUUUGUUUCUCUCUAGUGCAGUGACACGAGAAAUGACAUUCGCGAGAGUAAUUUGUUUGGAUGUCGAGAAAUUAAGUCGAAAGGACAGAUCACCGUCCGGCGAACGUCACAGCGGCUUCGAUGAAAAAAGUUUCCAACGACGUUUGAGGUUGUGAAUAUCAGUGGGACAGAGUCGGAAAAAUCUUUUUAUGCAAAUGCUUCUCUAUCCUUGACGCGAGCUCCGCCGCAUUUAACUAUGAUGUCAUAGAUUUUAUUUUAAUUAACAUGUAACUGCGUUACAUGAGCGUCGCGAAAAUUUUCUUCUUCGCUCGAGAUACGAUAGACGAUGAUUGAGCGAGAAAAUAAAAUAAAAUCUGUGUAUUGUAAAAUCUGUGUCUCUACGAUGGAUACCUUCGAGAAAAGGAAAGUUUGUCCUCCAGCGUACUUUCGAUGAGCGAAGGACGCCACAGAGUGCCAUCACCUCGGAGAACGAGAUCAAGAUCCUUAGAAUUUAGGAGGCACUCACUCCGAAAUGAUUAAGAACGAGUUUAGAAAUCCAAUCGCACAAUCGCGUUUUGUGAAAGUCGCGCACUUUGUAACCGUGAAAUUACAGCACGUUCCAAGAGAGUCGUCUGCUUAGCAAUUUUCAACUGGUCGAAUAAACGAAAGAAAGUUUUAAAUAAGAGAAAUGUAUCGAGUAAUUGUCCUGAUCCCUUAAUUAAGCAUAGCGGAACAAAUUGUAUCGAAAACGUAAUGACUCGACUUUUUUAUACUCGCUGCACUCCUUUAAAUGUGUCGCAUCGUAAAUUUUGAUGAGUAGCAAGACGAAUUUAUUCCGCUAUUUAAAAAUCGGAUUGCUAUUAAUUUUAGCAACCGUGUUUUCUUCUUGUAAGAUCGCGUGCGUGAAUCUUAAAAUAAACGAUUUUGGCAACACUCGCAUCGAAAACAUGCAGCACAAUCUAACGCGAUUGUAGCACACGAUACUCGCACGUGUCUUACAUUUUAGUAACACUCGAAGAUAUCAGAAUUAGGAUUUAGCUACUCAUGAUGAUUCUCGACAUUUUAUCAAAUUUUAUUUUGCAUUUUUUAUCGGUGGCGAUAAACCAAUUAAUCAUAUCAAUAAAUUCCUGACAAUUUCAUCAUAAAUGUCUUAAAAUAUUUCGCGCACACUGUUGCCUUUUGCUCUUGUAAAGAAGUUUUUUAUCAUCUAAUGAUAAGAUGACGGAUCAGAUCUCAUUCUCGCAUGACAGUGACGUCACAGCACAAUACGAUUUCGUUUGCGAUGUCGUCGAGCCGCAAGACGAUGGAUCGAACGAUUCGUCGAUGGAGAGUAAUCUACGAAAUCGCGUACUCAGAAGAACGAGAAGCCUAAACGCACCCAGUCCCGUUCAAACAUUCGGGCCAUGUGGGCGUAUCAUGAAGAAUUCCGCAAUGGUUAUGACCAUUCAGGAUCCAGCCUCCCAGAGGUUGACAUGGUACAAACCACCGCUCACCGUUUUGGUCAUCAAGAAAAUUCGCGACUCGUCAGUCCUGCCACCGUUUGUUCAAAUGGUCACAUGGCUGAUACAGGAAAAGCGGAUGGUGGUCUUUGUGGAAGCAUCUGUUUUGGAAGAUCCAGCCUUGGCCAGAGAUCACAGAUUUCAAGGUGUUCGCGAUAAAUUACAGACCUUUAGAGACGGCACAGAUGAAUUGCAGGAUCGAAUUGACUUUAUUGUCUGCUUGGGAGGUGACGGUACACUCCUUUAUGCCAGUCUGCUGUUUCAGCAAUCAGUGCCACCUGUAAUGGCAUUUCACCUUGGUUCCUUAGGCUUCCUUACCCCUUUCGAGUUCGAAAAUUUUCAGGAACAAGUAACCAACGUUCUCGAAGGUCAUGCAGCUUUAACCUUGAGGAGUCGUCUAAGAUGCAUCAUCAUGCGCAAGAACGAAGAAGGUCAACCGAACGAACCACCCACUAAUCUCCUGGUACUGAAUGAAGUUGUGGUGGAUAGAGGACCCUCACCUUACCUAUCGAACAUUGAUCUAUUCAUCGACGGCAAACACGUGACGAGCGUUCAGGGUGACGGCUUGAUCGUGAGCACGCCAACCGGAUCAACUGCCUAUGCGGUCGCCGCUGGAGCCAGCAUGAUUCAUCCUUCAGUUCCUGCCAUCAUGAUUACUCCGAUCUGCCCUCACUCUUUGUCCUUCAGGCCGAUCGUCGUACCUGCCGGAGUCGAGCUCAAGAUAAAGGCAAACAGUAAUGCCCGCGCAAGUGCAGCCUACGUCUCCUUCGACGGUCGCAACCAGCAAGAGCUGCGUGUCGGUGACAGCUUGAGGGUAACCACUUCCAUAUACCCAGUGCCUAGUAUUUGCUCGGCCGACCAAAUCACCGACUGGUUCGAUUCUCUAGCCGAAUGUCUACACUGGAACAUCAGGAAGCGACAGAAACAUUUGGACGAAUUAAGUGAUCUCGCGCAUUCAUCCAGCAACGACACUUUAGAUUCCUUUGAUCGAGAUAGCUAGGUCAACGAAGACGCUUGUUAUAAACUGUAAUACAAUCGACAAUAUAUUUGGUCGAGCUCGCAAUGUAUUCGGUUAAGAAAUUUCGAGGGUCGACAAAUUAACGUCCUUUUCAUUGAAAUUUUAUAACGAUAUCUCGUCAAAUAUAGUGAAAGAAAACCGGUAAAACUGACUGAUCAUCGAUAAAGUUGUGCUCUGUAAGAGACUUUGUUUGUGUGCACGAGAAUAAGCACUGUAAAGUCUUCACAAAUGGAAAGAAUGAUAAAUAUUAUUUAAUGCAAAUUACAAAAGCGAUGCUUAGGUCACAAUUGUAUAAAAAUUCCUAUUAAUAAAAUGCAUUUGUCUUCGCAAAGAUUUAUGCUAACAGCGAAAUAUUGUAUAAUUUGAUAACUUAUUGUCUUAGAAAAGUAUCAGAUUGAUAUUUCGUUUAGAUGCAAUAUAUUUUUUUUUUUUAAUAAUGUCUUAAAAUGAGUCAGCGAUUUAUUCGAUUUUAUAAAAGUUUUUAUACUUUAUCGAUAUAUACUUUUAUUUUAUAUUCUUUAUUGAUAUAUUAUCUGUACAGAUAUUUUUUUAUUUUCUAGUGUUUUUCUUAGAUUAACAUGAUUGAAAUAUAUAUAUAAGAGAUCACCAUGUCCUUGGUUUUUUACUGAUUAUAAUGUAGAAUUCUGAUGUAAAUCAAUUUAUUGUAAGUGUUAAAUCACAUAAUUUCCUAUAUCUCUAGAUCGUUUUAAUAAAAUAUGUUUUGUACAACGUUUGUUAUAUAUAUCUCCCCUAAUAAUUCUAUAUAAUGAUAUAAUUAUUAAAGGAAGGUAAAGAUUUUUAUUUAUCAAACUUUCGAUGUUCUUACUGCAAAUGAGUUUAUUUGCUUGUAACAUGACAUGGAAAUAUACAUUAUAUACACCGC